GCGGCACGGGGUGCGGCUGCGGGACGGGGGCUCUGCUGGGCUCGGGGUUGUUUGGCUGGUUCAUCACUGGCCUGGGUGAAGGGGUCGCUGAGGGAUCAAAGCUGGGAGGAGUGGCUGGAUCACCCCGAGGGUUGUGUGGCCCUUCAGAGAGAUUCCAGCAGGUUGGAGAGAUGGGCAGAGAGGAAAUUUCUGUAAUUCAACAAGGGCAAGCGCAGGUGCUGCAGCUGGGGCGGAACAACCCCAGGAAUCCUGGGAUUCUGUGUCCCGCGGGGAAGCGCCGCUGCGGUGGAACCCCGAGGGGGGAUUCCCGCCACAGCGACCAGCAGUGACUGACAGCUGUCAAUCACUGCGGGGGCUGCCGGCCGGCGGGGGCCGCUGUGGCGGCGGCGGAAGCGGAGGAGGAAGAGGAAGCGGCGCUUCUUGGCGGCAAGGAAAGGAAAGGCGGCGGGCGGGGGCCGGUCCGAGCGGGGAGCUCCAGCUGCGGUGCGGCGGGCACGGCGGGGAGCGGGCCGAGGCGAGGCUCUGCCGCCGCGCUUUGCCAGCCGCGGGGCCGCAGCCCGUGGCCGCGCUCCGUCGCUGCCGGCGCGGGGAUGGAGCUGGCGGGCGGCGGCUCCAUCUCGCUGUGGACGGUGGUGGCGGCCGUGCAGGCGCUGGAGCGCAGCGUGGCCGCACACGCGUCCCGCCUCUUCAGCCUGGAACACCGCGCCGGGAACAGCGAGAAGAAGCACCUGGACUGCGAGAAAAUGGUCGGGGAGUUCGGCAGCCAGCUGGAGAGCAAGUGCGCGGCGCUGGGCACCCUCAUCCAGGACUACGGGCGGCUCCAGCGGCGCCUGGAGAACAUGGAGAACCUGCUGAAGAACAGGAACUUCUGGAUCCUGCGGCUGCCCCCCGGGAUGGAGGCCCCCAAGGCCCCAGCUGUGGCAUUGGAAAACGAUGCCACCGGCUUUUCCACUCAGGAGUGGGAGAACCUGGAAGAGUGGCAGAGGGAGCUGUGUGGCAAGGUGCUGACAGGGAAGAAGGAAGCCCUGGUCCUGCUGGACGAUGUCAUCUCUGAACCUGCCCUCCUGUCCCGGCUCCAGGGAGGAGAAGCGCCCUGCACUGAGGAGGAGGCGGCUCCUGGAGAGAUCCCAGCAGAACCAGAGGCUCUGCUGUUUGAACUCAAUGUGAGCAGCUGGGACAGCAGAGAAGCACAGGAAAACCAAGAGGGAAGAGCAGGGCUGGCUGAACCUGGCCAUGCAGACUGCAGCAUUCCAGAGCAGAGCCUUGCUGUCACUGUGAAGCAGGAAGAGGAGGAAGAGCCGUAUGCAAAGGAGCAGGGAGCCAUGGAGGGUGUGGAGUUCUCUGAGCUUGGUGUGGGGCCGGACGCCGCUGGACACAAGGCCCAGGCCCCGGCGGAGAGCGGGAACCGGCCGGGAUCCCGGAGCUGCCAGGACCGGGAUGUGAGAGGGAAUCCCACAGAGACCGGCUCUGAAGACAGCAUAAUCCAGAUUAAGCAAGAGGAAGAGUUGUGCACUGCAGAUCGGAAGGAGGAGGCUGCAGAAGCUCCUGGAGAGCCCUGCCCAGAGCAAGGAUUUUACAAGCCUGAGGCAUCCAGUCAGACCAGGAAAGGCAGCGAGGUGGAUGCCAGGGAGCUGCCAGGCACAGAGGGUGAGGACCUCCAGAGAGAUCCUGCCACAGGAUUUCAGACUUAUGCAAGGGAUGUUUCAUCGUGGAUUAAACAAGAGGAGGAGCCACCCUGCUCUGAGCAACAGGACUUGCAGAAAGAGGAAAUCUCUGCAGAUCCAAGUACAGAUGAAAAUUUGAAGAGGAACCAUCCAGCAAAUUGCUUGGAGAGCAAGACCUGUGACUUAGAGGUACCAGGAAGGCCGGGAGAGUUGUUUCCCAAAGAUCCCAACCAUGGAGUGACAUGGGACAGUCAGUGGAAUUCAGAAAUGAUGGAAACGGCCACCAUGGGGAAUGGGAACAGCCUUGGAAGUGAUGCUCAGUACGAUUUCUUUAGUGCCCAGGAAAAAAGCCUGGAAAAGAGGCCCUGUGUGUACAAGUGUGAGAGAAACUGCCCACAGCAGGACCAGCCCCAGCAGGCACUGCAGGGAGAAGGGGACAUGUUUCCAGGCCCCACGUAUGAGAGGAUGUUCCCUCUGCUGCACCCACACCCAGGAGAGGUGGGAAUGGGCCUGGGAGAGAAGGGAAUGGGCCCUGGAGACAAGGGAAUGGGUCCUGGAGACAAGGGAAUGGGCCCUGGAGCUGCUCCCACCUCCUGUGAGGGGCCAGGGCCCCACUCCCAGUGUGGAGAGACUCCCCCAGGCACAGGCAGACCCCGUGGGCAGGACAGCCUGGGCACAGAGGAAGCUGCUGAAAAUGAGGAGAGCUUCCCCACGGACACAUCAGCAUCCAGCCCCUGCUGGGAGCCAGCCCUGGCCCGGGGCAGCCCUGCCCAGCAGCAGGGCCAGGGCAGGGGCAAAUCCUACAUUUGCAGCGACUGUGGGAAGAACUUUGUUUGCCAUUCGUGGCUCGUUAGGCACCAGACAAGUCACACAGGAGAGAGGCCCUACAAGUGCUCCAAGUGUGACAAAACCUACAGGAGGAAGGAUUACCUCCUGAACCACCAGCGCCGGCACACGGGAGAGAGGCUUUUCCAGUGUCCUCUCUGCAGCAAGAGGUUUGUGCUCAAGAGGAGCCUGCUGAAGCAUCAGGAAGGGCACAUGCAGGACACCCACGUGCCUCUGGUCAGCUGGCCCUGCAGAGACAUCAGGGGCUCCGUGAUGCAUUCCAUCUAGGACAUCCCCCACACCCCCCUGGUGGCUCCCCCCAGCUCUGUGCCAGACCCUGAUGGCAGGAGGGGGCUGUGGUGCAGCCAUCCCGAGCUCCUCCCAGGAAAAGAGAGCUGGCUGGGGGUUAUUUUGUGUUAGACAGCGUUCACCAGUGCCUGUGGGUAUGGGGAGGUGGAGUUUGGAGGUACUGCUGGCUGUGAGUCCCUGUGGGAGAGAAACCAUGUGGACAUGGAACAAUUUGUGAUGUGUGUUGCAAUGAAGAGCUGUCUGAAUAGAGAGAAAUUAUCCAAAAUGUAUCCAAAAUGUUA